CAAAAUCAUUCACGGAUUCUCAUUGGAUCCCCCUUUCUUGUUUCUCACUACAAACCACACUUCCCACUUCCCACUUCCCACUUCCCAUCCAUUUACUCUGAACCAAGCUCCUCAUCAAUGGCGGAUAUGGAAACCCAGAGUCGACAACACCCAUCAAUCUCCAAAGAUACAGCUCUCCAAGCUCUCAACACAAUAAUCCAGCUCCAUUUCGAGAAGACCCUUGAGAAGAAACGCGCCAUAGAUCUCCAAAAGAAAGAGCUUCACAAGCUUUUCCAGCUCUUCUUCAUCUUCCUGGGUCUCAUAUUCUUAGCCCAAUCUCUUUCCCCUCGCCUCGAAUGCCGCCAUUGCUGGAUCCCCAUUGCUCUCCUCUCCAUUUCCCAUCUCAGUUUCUAUGUCUCUGUAGCUCAGACUCUCCGUUGCAUCAAUGGCUUCAAGUAUCAGCGCCGUUGCCAUAAGCUCACUCUGGGUUUCGCCACUGAGCGCCUCAGAGAGAUAAAGAUGAAGAUUUCCGCCGCCGCCGCUGCCGGCGGAGGGUUCGAUGGGGGCUUGGUGGAUGAGGAAUUUGAGAUUCAUUACCAAGAACCACCAGAGAGCUAUUUGGGUAAGUUUAAGAGGAAUUGGGCUCUGUAUUUUGGGUUCUUGAUUUUCAUCUAUGGCUUUAUGAUUUCUUCCUCUGUUGUUCUUCUCUGUUCUUAAUUUUUUUGGGUGAAAAAUUGGAAAAAAAAAAUAGCAAUUUUUGGAUUGGGAUUGUUCAUUCUUUGGUGUUUGAUUUUACUCCAUUUUAAUUUUCAUUUCAUCAUUGGAUUUUUUUAUUGUUGCUCAUUUGAAUUAACUUGUGCUCGGUAUUAUAGUGAAUCAAGUUAAUGUAAA